UUAAAUUUUUUCCUAACCUCUCAUCUUGAUCCGUUCGUGCCAUGACCGUGGCGAACAUGGGCGCCUAUGAUCUACAUUAAAUGUGCACGUGCAUUUUGGAUUAAGCACGAACACCAUAGUAAAAGAUUUUUUAUUGCGCUGAUCCACACCGAAGAGCAUCCUGCAGCAUGGCACGAAAGCAAAGGAUGAUAGACGUGCCAAUCCUACCCUUCAAUAUCUUCCAAAUCCAUCAGUCUGCCUUCGGAAUCAUUUAUUCUGACCCAUCACCCUUCAAAGUGUGAAUAGAUACGGUAAGUGCACGACAUCAUUAAAAAAGAACCACAAGUAUUUUAUCGAUAUCGAUUCGACCAGACGUAUUCUCGUUGGCACAGAGUCGAUAAGAUCGCACCAUGUUGAACUAACCAUGUUUCGUUUUAGAUCAUUAAUUACGAUGAAGUUUUCCUUCGCUCUACCCGCUCUUCUGGUGUCUUACGUUGCUGCCAGUGGCAGCAACAAAUCUGCGUUCACUCCUGUUCGCGUUCAUUACGACGAUGUUUUGAACGAACAUUUUUCUUUGUUGGAUGCAUUGGAAGACUCCUCGGGAAUCAUUUCAAUGACGAACCUUCCUCAAAACUUUGCCAAGGUCAAGAAAGAAGUAAUGGGGAGCCUCCAUUCCUGUUUGCUGGAUCAACAAGAAGGCGGAAGUAUUGUGGGCGAAGAAUCGUUUGGAGACGGAACGGUUCGGCGAUCCUUUGCAACUGCGACCACCGCCGAGGAAGGUCCUCUUCGUUUGGAGUUGGAGGAUACGCUCACGCCGUCGACCGCUUGUCAGGCCUUCGAAGGGAAUUUGCAACUCUUUCGAUCCAUUGCAAUGAAAGCGACUAACAAAUUCACUGCGGCGCUGUCGCAAGAAAUGGAACCCCAUUUGAUGAAACCUCUUCUAACCAAGAAGGGUGACAACAAUUCUUCUUAUGAUACCAUCCAAGAUCUCGUCGAAAACGGGGAACAACUGGAACAUUUCCAUUCUUACCAAAAGAUCGAAAGGAUCAGCGAAGAAUACCACGACGAUGAUCACGAGGAGGCAAUGGAAACAAUUGAUGUCCACGCUGAUCAAGGUUUCUUCAUCGCGUUCACUCCAGGGAUCAUGAUUUCUCAUGGAAAGAAAGACGGAGAGGCAAGUGCUUCGGAUGGCUUCUACAUCGUGGAAGAAGACUCGAAUGGUGCCCCUAUCCGUGUCGAAUUCGACGUCGAGACGGAUGAUCUUGUCUUCAUGUUGGGCGAUGGAGUUAAUMAAUAGUAAGUCUACUCAAAUACGUCGAAGAUUGCGGGAGAGGAAAGCUUGUGAUUGUUUUUAAAAUUCCUCUGUUGUCAUGGGCUUCUUGUUUUUUUGACUAGCACUGACACGAAUGUUUGUGCUUUAUGGUUUCAACGCACCCAUUACUAUCAUGAAAGCAUCAACAACCGAUUGAUCGAUGGAGAGAACAUUCAUCGUCGUCAUCUCCGAGCCACACCUCACGCAGUCUCCUUGAAGCUUCAUGAUCCAUCUCAAGCAAGAGUUUGGUACGGGAGAAUGGUUUUGCCACCAAAUGAUGCCCUUGUAGCCGCAGAAACAGUCCAGACUACAUUGACG